AUGCCCUACGAAGACCCUUUGCUUGAUAUCAUUCGCUUUCCUCUUGUCGACCAAUAUGUGGCGCCUUACGUCAAGUUUGGCACUCUUCAGACCCAUAUUCACGAACUCAUCUUCUUUUAUUUGUUCUACACCGGGAUAUUCUUUGCUUCUCAUAUAAUAUCCCCAUUGUUGGUCUCUGCCAAAAAAUGGGACGCCUUGAAAUCUAAGGAUAAGACGUACUUCCACGUCCAUGUGGUGUCAAUGAUACAGUGCCUUAUAAUACUUGUUCUCAUCACCCCAAUGUUCAAUGACCCAGUUCUCAAGCAAGAUAGGAUCUUUGGCUACACUCCUUACGGUGGUCUCAUUGCCUCCGCCGCCAGUGGGUACUUCCUUUGGGAUGCGAUCAACGCCUUUUAUUUCAUCCGGAAGUUUGGGAUUGGGUUUGCGGUCCACGGGGUGAUCUCAUUCUUUGUGUCGUUCAUUGCCUACAAUCCAUUCAUUUUGUUUUACGCCCCAGUGUUCCUCUUGUUUGAAAUCUCUACCCCAUUCUUGAACAUCCGUUGGUUCGACUUGAAACUCCCAGGAGUGUUUAGCGAGAAGUUUGUCCUCAUUAACAAUAUAAUCUUGAUCAUCUUGUUCUUUGUCGUGCGGAUUUGCUGGGGAUGGUACUGGAUUUUCCAAUUAGCCUGGGAUUUCUGGCUUACUCACACCGACCCAAGAUUCCCUUACUUGUUUGCCGCAGUUAUUUUGACAGGAAACUUUGUGUUGGAUAUUCUUAAUGUUUACUGGUUCAGCUUGAUGGCCAAAAUUGCCAUCAAGACUAUCCAAAACAUGAUGAAGGGUCAAAAGACCGGUUUGCAGAUAGAUGAAGAAACCAUUAAGGGGAAAAAGAAGGAGGAUUAA